AGGCCAGUCACUGCAGCAGUAUUGUAGGUUUUAACCUACAUCCAUGGUGCGUGUUUGAUCCCAUGCUUUUAAGAUGACUACUGCUGCUCGACCAACCUUUGAACCAGCAAGAGGCGGAAGAGGGAAAGGAGAAGGUGACUUAAGUCAGCUCUCCAAGCAGUAUUCUAGCAGAGAUCUUCCUUCUCAUACAAAAAUCAAAUAUAGGCAAGCCACUCAGGAUGCCCCUGAAGAGGUGCGCAACCGUGAUUUCAGGAGAGAACUGGAGGAGAGGGAGAGAGUUGUGGUGAGAGAGAAGAACCGAGACAGGCCAGCACGAGAGCACACAACUUCCUCUUCAGUGUCAAAGAAACCUCGACUAGAUCAGAUCCCUGCAGCUAACCUGGAUGCAGAUGAUCCUUUGACUGACGAGGAUGAUGAGGAUGAAGACUACGAUGAAGAGAGUGAUGAUGAUACAGCUGCUCUGUUAGCUGAGCUAGAGAAGAUAAAAAAGGAACGAGCUGAAGAGCAAGCCCGAAAGGAACAAGAACAGAAAGCUGAGGAGGAGAGGAUACGGAUGGAAAACAUCCUUAGUGGUAACCCUCUGCUGAACCUGACAGGACCAGUACAGCCUCAGGCAAAUUUUAAAGUGAAGCGAAGAUGGGAUGAUGAUGUCGUCUUCAAGAACUGUGCUAAAGGCGUAGAUGAGAUGAAAAAAGACAAACGAUUUGUCAAUGACACGCUGCGGUCUGAAUUUCACAAAAAGUUUAUGGAAAAAUACAUCAAGUAGGAAUGGGCUGUGUUGCUGAUAGAUUGUGUGGUGCAAGUCAUUUGCCUUCCAUCAUUAAAAUGCUGGCUCAGAUGGAAAUCUGUCAACAGUGAGCAAAUAUCCAUCACGGACAUAGGUAUCUUUUUAACUUAACCCCUUGUCUGGCAUAUUUUGCAUGUUUUGUUGUUUUAACUUGCCCCCCUCCCCCACAUUUCCUGCAGAUGCUGGUUUCCUUAUUGCCAUGAAUGUACAUUCAUAGAAAAAUCAUUCUGUAAAUGUUUUGAAAAUGGUUUCCAAUAAAUCCUUCACUCACU